GUAAGAAAGGAAAAAUCUAUUUGAACUGUUGGGUCGAUUUUAUUAGGAAAAAAAACAAUGGCUAUGGAAGCAGCUUCAUCAUGUCUCGUUUUCGACACUUUGCGUUUCUGCACCAAAUAUUCCAACUUUCCAAGAAAACACCUUCAAUUCCCCUCUUUCUUCGCCAAAAACUUCAAUUCUAGCAUUGGGAAAUUGUACAGUCAUGGGUUGUUUGUGAAUUCGUCAAGUUCAUUCUCCAACAGUACCCAAGAAACCCCAUCUCAACAGCUCGCUCUUCUUCUCGAAGUUGAAGGGGUUUUAAUGGAUGUGGACCGAUUGGGCAACCGCCAAGCAUUCAAUGCAGCAUUCCGGAAGCUUGGAUUGGACUGUGCAAAUUGGAGCCAACCUGUUUAUCAGGAUCUUGUAAAGAAGAGCAUGGGUGAUGAAGAAAGGAUGUUGGUCUUGUUUUUUAACAGAAUUGGUUGGCCCACAUCCCUGCCCACGAGCGAGAAGGAGACAUUUAUGAAAAGUGUUUUGCGAGAGAAGAGAAUUGCAUUGGAUGAACUUGUCAUGUCAAAAACCUUACCUUUAAGACCUGGUGUUGAAGAAUUUAUUGAUGAAGCAUGUGAAGAAGGUGUCCCAGUAGUGAUGCUGACAGCCUACUGUAAAAGUGGGGAGAAACAAGUCAGAUCUAUCAUUGAGAAGCUUGGAAAUGAUAAAAUGGAAAAGAUAAAAAUAAUUGGAAUUGAGGAGGUAAAACGAAGUUCCUAUGGACAACUUGUAUUUGGCGAAGGGGUGGCAUUUGACCUAGGUGAGAAACUGGCUAAAGAAGCAAGAAAAGCAGUUUCCGCUGAGGAGCAAAGAAUUGCUAAGGAGGUUGCUUCCAUACUAAAGUUGACUGUCAACAUUGAUACUACUUCAAGUGAAGGAUUGCAGAAUGUUUUGGCUGCACUGAGGGCUGGGGCAGAAUAUGCCAAUGUACCUGUGCACAAUUGUGUGCUUGUUUCCGGAAGUCUAUCUGGGGUUGCUGGAGCAGAGCAAAUUGGCAUGCCUUGCGUUGUGGUCCGGAGCAGUUCGACGGCCAGAGCUGAGUUUCCUGGAGCUAAAGCAAUAAUGGAUGGAUUUGGUGGUGCAGAUCUGACAAUUUCUAGGCUGCGACAAAUACAGGGGUCCUGAUAUUUGAUUCAAAAGCGAAAUCCUGUAAAAAAUUCAAACUUAUAAGCGAGUGUAAUUGCGAUUCUGUAAAAUUAUUGUUCUGUGAAAUAUGCAGCAUAAGUUAAAAUGCAGUACCAUCUAACGGUCAUUGACCAUUUGUGGAUUUACUUCUCAA